UAAAAAUCUACAAAACGAGAUAUACCUGUUUUGAACUUGUAUGUGUAUUUGUGUAUAAUGGUAUAAUACAUGGACCCCACCUCUUUCAUGAAACUAUCGUGCGCUACCUGCGUGGAGAUCAUCUCCGGAGUAAAAGCUGAGAACUGGACGAGCAUAGGCACAGACAGCAUCAUGCGCUUGAUAGCAAUUGUGAUCGUUGGCUUAGCAGUGGUGUCGGUUGAUCAUCGAUCGACAGCCGAGGAUGUUGCAGAUUUAUCCGAAAGUAAUUUGGACGUUCCAGCAGCGGCAAUGAAAUUGGAUAAAAAUUUACGUCGAGCAUUGUUAAAGGCUUUAACGGAUUUGGAAGCGGAAUCGGUUGAACAAAGGAAGAACAACGACGAACCUAUCGCACAAGCCUACACGUCUAAUCAAUUCCAGGACAUUUCGAAAAAGGAUUUAAAUAAAAAAAUCGGCAUCGUUCAAAAAUCAAGUUUUUCCUUCGAUGGUUUUCCCGGAGAUGAAGAAAUACCCAGCGAGGAUAAGCUUCAAAAUUCAAGCUUCGUUCAAACGGAUAAAUACGUAAUCAUGUCUAGUUCACCUUCGAUGACUAUCGAGAAAGCUACUAGAAACGAUGCUAGAAGUUUCCACGUUCAGAAUAUUAUUAUGUCUGAUAAGAAUCAAGCAUUAAAGGUUGGCCCUAAGAUGGAACAAUUAGAAACGAAGAAAUCUAACGGUGAAUCUUAUGUUUCUUACGUUAACAAAGUAGAUAGUAUAACUUUAAAACCAUUGACUGAAUUAACAGAAGGUCUUACUGGUGUUGCUAGCAACGGUAUCGCAUUAGCUAAUUCAUUACCUUUACCAAAACCAACGGCAUCUAGUCCUACGGAUUCUCCUAAAAUAAAUGACACUUUAAUGAAUGGUAGUAAAGUAAUAGAGAAAUCUGAAGAGGUUAAAAUAUUCCAAGCACCGUUGGUGGCAGCGUUUACCGUUCAACAAGAUGAAAGUGGUGCACCUAAAAGCGUUGUACCUAUCUUUAAACCAACGGGAGAUGGGCAGGCAUUGACUUUGCAAGAACAGUUGGAAUUUAAGCAAAGGCUUUUAGAAAAACAGUUGGAAGAAUUGCAACAACAGCAGCUUCAACAAACCCAGUUUCUUAUCAGGCAACGUCAUCUUUACGAACAACAACUUAGGCAAAAGCAACAACAACAGUAUUAUCUUCAGGAACAAGCGAGAAUCAAGCAGAUCGAGGAACAAGCGAAAUUAAAGCAAUUGGAAGAACAGAGAUUGAAACAAUUCGAGGAACAACGAUUGAAACAGUUCGAGGACUCACGGAUCUUACGGUUUCAACAACAACCUGUACUAUUACAACAACAACCUGUACCAUUACAACAACAAAAGUAUCGUUUCUUUGAACAGGCUACAAAUCUCUUAAAUAUUCCAACACCGGCAGAAUCCAACGUUCGUUUACAACCCAGUGUCUCGUUAGAAGUACCAAAUAUUAUCGUUCCACCUCCUUUCAAUUUCCAAGACCAACUAAGAUUUCAACAACAUCGUCAACAACAACCACAACAACAACAACAGCAGCAGCAGCAACAACAGCAACAACAACAAAGAUUACACCAGAGCUUUGGACCCGUAACAGAUUUUCAACAACCACCCGUGGCAGCAUCAACGAGAUUUAACAGGCAAGAAGCUUUCAACUCCGUGGGUAAUUUUGGCUUUAAUGAGAAACCAUUAGCGACUAGGAAUACUUUUACUUUUGGCGUACCUCAAAGAAAUCCAAUUAAUUUCGUCUAUAAUCCUUACACUCACAAUCAAUAUAGACAAACAAGACCACAGCAAACACCAGCAAAACAAAUCCAACAUCUUCUUUAUCAAUCAGGUAUCGCUGGUGAAUUAGGUAAUGCUGAAGGUUCUGGUGGUCAAGAAGAUUUAAACAUCGUUUCUAAAGUUCUAGCAUUAAACGUGGGUGCCAUACCCAAUAAAAAUCUUCAUUUUACUACGAAUAACCGUGUUAAUAACGGAUUUGUCGCCAAAGUUCCCGCUAAUGCGUGAAAUAUAAGAUUAUAACGAAGAAAGAUCCAGACGAGUCAUGUAAAUUACUACAAGACGAUAUUAAUUAUGUCGAGCUCUCUGUCACUAUCAUAUUAAUUUCUUUUAUUUCUUUAUCUUUUCAUUACACACAUUCUUCCGUAUAGAUAUAUAUAUUUCAACAAUACACAACACAAAUUUGUUAUAAUAUAAGUGACGCUAAAAACGAUCUUUCGUCAGCUCAGGUUGUUGUUCGUUAUUUUUCACAAGUGAACAUUAUCCCAUAACGAACAUAAUCGUAUUUAAUUAAAUUACGAUUGCGAAUAUCGGAAAAGAAAUAGUAAUGAGUUAUGCAAAACGUGUGUUAAGCUAUAAUAUUUCACGCUACAUUGCAACACAACAAAUUUUGUAAAUAAGUUGUUUCUUACUUAUACAUUUGCAUACACGCAUAUCUAAUUCUUGUUUUAUUU